UUCACAGUCACAGAGAUAGCUUAUGGGGGUGUGGGUUAUGAAAAACACAAUUCCACAACGUGAAUCUGACUUGGGAUACUCAAGAAGACAAUAAAAAAAAACCCUGGGAUCGUUUAAAUGCAGCCCGGUUUAUCGUUCACUGACAGAGAUCAACAGGAUAUGUCACCAAAGAGCUCUUUGUACCAGAUGAAAAAGGACUGACAAGCUCCGUCUGAUCUCCUGAGAUCUUCCUUGGUGGAACCAAGGACAGCAGAGGACAGGACGCCUUUGUUCCGUACCCCUUUUUCUUGUGUGUGUGGUCCCACGAGCGUUCAAAACUGUUUCUCCAAAGGUUUUUACAGAAACUCAGACUGUUUUCCAAAGCAGAAGCACAGCCGUCCCAGGCGGAAGUGAUGGGAAGCGUGCGAGCGAACCGCUACAACAUUGUGUCGUCCGAGGAAGACGGGAUGAAGCUGGCCACCAUGGCGGUGCCCAAUGGCUAUGGCAACAGCAAGGGCAAAGUGCACACCAGGCAUCAGAGCCACAGCCGCUUCGUCAAGAAGGAUGGCCACUGCAAUGUGCAGUUUGUUAACGUGAGUGAGAAGAAACAGCGCUAUCUGGCCGAUAUCUUCACCACCUGCGUGGACAUUCGCUGGCGCUGGAUGCUGGUUAUCUUCUGCCUUGGGUUCGUGCUUUCUUGGCUCUUCUUUGGCUGCGUCUUCUGGCUGGUGGCUCUUCUCCAUGGUGACCUGGAUGCUGGGGCCCCAAAGCCCUGUGUCUCGCAAGUCAGCAGCUUCACGGCAGCUUUCCUCUUCUCCAUUGAGACACAGACCACCAUUGGGUACGGCUUCCGCUAUGUGACAGAUGAGUGCCCCAUCGCCGUCUUCAUGGUGGUGUUCCAGAGCAUCGUGGGUUGCAUCAUCGACGCCUUCAUCAUCGGGGCUGUCAUGGCCAAGAUGGCCAAGCCCAAGAAGAGGAAUGAGACACUGAUCUUCAGCCACAAUGCCACAGUUGCCAUGCGAGACAACAAGCUCUGCCUGAUGUGGCGCGUGGGCAACCUGCGUAAGAGCCACCUGGUGGAGGCCCAUGUGCGGGCACAGCUCCUCAAGUCCCGGACCACAGCUGAGGGGGAGUACAUCCCUCUUGACCAGAUCGACAUUGAUGUGGGCUUCGACAGUGGCAUUGACCGCAUCUUUCUGGUGUCGCCAAUCACCAUUGUGCACGAGAUCAAUGAGGACAGCCCCUUCUAUGACAUGAGCAAGCAGGAACUGGAGGCCUCGGAGUUUGAGAUUGUGGUCAUCUUGGAAGGCAUGGUAGAAGCCACUGCCAUGACCACCCAGUGCCGCAGCUCCUACCUAGCCAGUGAGAUCCUCUGGGGUCACCGCUUUGAGCCAGUGCUCUUCGAGGAGAAGAACUACUACAAAGUGGACUACUCACGCUUCCACAAAACCUACGAGGUGCCUAGCACGCCCCUAUGCAGUGCCAGGGACCUCGCGGAGAAGAAGUACAUCCUGUCCCAUGCCAACUCCUUCUGUUAUGAGAAUGAGGUAGCACUUUUGAGCAAGGAGGAGAUGGGGGACAUCGGGAGCAGCUUGGGCCAGGAAGAAACCAGCACAGACACAAACUCUGACGUUGACCACACACAGGCCACUGUGCCCCUGGAACCCAGACCAUUGAGACGAGAGUCAGAAAUAUGACUGUAUAACCUUUGGAAAAAAAUUGAAAAGAAAUAUGUUCAAAGGCACAUUGAGCUGAACUGGACCCAAAAACAAAAACAGAUUUCAGCCGACGGUACUGCUGAGUGGCUUGGAUUGAGGACUUGAACUGGGAAUGGAAAGACACACAGACAGAAAGUUACAAGGCUCAUGUGAUGAAUAUGAACACAGCUGUUCUGUAAGACAGCAAACUUGUAUUUAUUUGCAUACAAUGGAAAUAAUUAUGAUUCUGUGUGUAACUUAGGGCAGUGGUUGAUGUAAGGAUAAGGGACAGAGAGAAGUGUGUGAUUUAAUUUAAUUUAAUUUUUUUUUUUUUACAAAACUUGAAAAAGGCAGGCAUGUCUCUUUGGUUAUCUGUCGAGCCUAAUUUAAAGCAGGACAAGACGGGUCGAGUAGCGUGACACCAAGUAUAUCUGCCUUACUUUUUUAAUGCUGCUAUUAAAAUAAAACAAAACCUAUAAAAAUACAUAUAUUAAAAACUUUACAUAGUGAAGGCUGAUUACGAUAGAUCAUUUAUCUGCAAAUAUGUGAAAAGUAAAUUAUAAAACCACUGUUGGAUGGGAAUUAGUGGAUCGAAACUACUACAGAUAUAAUUAGCUGCCCAUUGCAGAUGCAGCUCAUACCAAAGAAAUUGCGUGAUUUGCACAUGGGAUUGAUGGUGUACAAGGGGGUUCAUUGGCACCAGGUUAGAGCACUAACUGCACUCCUUUGUUUUUAGGUCAGAUUGCUGUUGUACUAAGUUAGUGUAAGACCUUUAGGGAUUCUUUUUUAAAGUAGGCUGAGGACUUUCUUCCACACUCUGAAAGGGAACUCUAGGUCUUACACCUGUUCCGUCCCGUCAGCUGACUCCUGCUGAGGGCUUUAGUAGGGGUGCGGGUUAGUGAAGGGCCUCAUGUCUAGAAAAGCUGAGUGCAUAACUUCUCCCUCGAGACACGACUUGGUAUGUUGCAAGAAAAAAAAACACAGCCAGAGUAUUAGAAUGUAUUUGUAUUGUUGUUAAUAUUAUUGUUAUUGUUAUUACUAUUAUUAUUAGUAGUAUUAUUUGGCCACGAAUUAGGACAGUAUAGCACACAGGUAUAGCAGAGCUAUAGUAUGGUGUUGUCGAAUGCCGUGGUAUACAAUAUCAAUAUCUGUGCAGUUAUUUGUAUUGAAUCCAGGCCUAAAUUUAGUUUUAAAAAUCUUCCCGCCAAAUUUCCUCUGGCGGUGAGCUGGUCUCUUGCCACAGAGAUGCGCUCGGUUGCUUAGGAACAGGGAGAUUGACAGUCCCAUUUGUAUUAGUCUCGGGGGGGGGGGGGGGGGGGGGUGUGAAGGUUAUGCAGCUCCAGGCUUUGAACAGAUGGUAGGCCACAAAGCAAUACACAGUUCAGACAGAGUAGGAGGGGCAAACAUAUACGAGAGUGUAUGCUACUGAAUCCAUCUUGUUCUUGUCUCUAAGUGUAGCAUCUUUUUGCAACAUGAGCCUCCAACCCAGUCUCAGACUCCCUCUCCAAAUAAAACAGCAGAAUGCUGGAAACACAAGCAGCGUUUUCUAAUAUUAUACCCUGCCUGGCCGAGCUGGUUGGCUGGGUGCCUCUUUCAGAAGAGGAAGCCACUAGUGGCAUAACAGAGGACUGUCUGAGCUGGGUAGAAGUAAUAAUGAGAGUGUGUCUGCGUCUGGGCAACAAAACGAAGCCGGGAAGCAGAUCUAGGGAACUGAUCAGGAGAACUUGAAUUCAGCUUUCUCGAGAAAGUGAAUGUUAAAAAGUGCUGCUACGUUGUAUAUUGUUAGGAUAACAAAUGAUUAAAGCCAAAGAGUAUUCAUUGUCUCAGACAUAACAUUUUGUUUUAAAAAACCUAACACCAAUGAUAGAAACAAACUAAAAUAUUAGGAGACUUUUUCUACGUUUUGUUGUGAAAAUGCAAAACGAACUAGAAUUAAAAAAAAAGCAUGAUAAGAGUUUCAAAUGGUGCACAUUAUUUUUAAAAGGAGAAAAGACACGUUUAUCAGAAACACUAUGUUUGUCAAAUGAUGUACAUGUAUAAAGUUGAUCAAAUAUUUUCAUAUUUAUAGCCAAAUGUAAAUGAUUUCUGUAAGAUAUAAAUGACAAAGGGUAAUGCUAUAUUGCUGCAGGUUAGCACACUUAUUACCUGUUCAUGUCAAGCCUUAUAGGGUCCCUAGUGCUUUAUUUAUUAUCUAAGCAUGAUAUUUUUACAAUUAAAGCCAUUUUUUUGCAAUAGCCUUGUCAAAAGAGCAGGUAAUCAUAACACAAAUCCCCCACACAAAGUACAUUGUAUGUCAGCCUAUCCUUUGUCUUUACUUGUGACAGGGAAUAGGCAUUUACUGGCUUGCAGAAGGCAUGGUUUUAAAAUGUAUUUAUAAUACAAUGCUGGCUACUGGCGUGGCAUGUAUCAUUAUUAUAAUUAUUUGAGAUUUUAUCAUAAAAUGCAAAUCAAAACCCAAUUUGAGAAUCUGCGCCCUGGUGACUGCACAAAAUCAGUCUUGUGCUUUCAUUGGGAAGUCUUUACAGACAAAUCCAGCGUCAGCCAAUGCUCCAAGCCGGAAACAUAUAAAAUAUGUUGUAUACAUACAUUGUCAUAUAUAGUUCAUAUAAAACAAUGAUAGGGGCUGCUUCAUAUUAGGAGACACAUCUUACAUACAUACUGUAUGGAAUAUGUAUUGGGUUCCAUAUGCUUUAGCUAAGGACAACUCUACAAGUUGGUUCUUUGAAAAGUUGUAACUCAAGCUGUUUACGUUUCCCUAUCUCUCCAGCAUAAGGACAAAGGAUUGCCCAGUAUUUCCUUUAACGUUAGGUUUUUAUGGAGGAUGACAAGGUUGAAAGCCAAAAGUACUGUAAUGUAUUUUCUAAGUGGCUUCUGCCAGCCAUAGUUUCCAUGCUUUUCUUUGCGAUUCUCUUGACUUGCAACCUCAGCAGCACUGCAUCGCUCCCCUUUUUCCUGUAGAUAUCUCCUUUCAGCCUUUUGUAUCAGAGUCUUCCUAUCUUACUGCUAAAUCAAUGGAAUGUACAGAUUUUUUAUAUUAUUAUUAUUAUUAUUAUUAUUAUUAUUAUUAUUAUUAUUAUUAUUAUUAUUAUUAUUAUUGUUGUUGUUGUUGUUGUUAUUGUUUGUCUUAUUUUAUUGUUUUUAAAUAAAACCGCGAUUAA